CACUUUGACAAAAUUUGAAAAAUGUUGCAUUUUCUAUUUUUUUAGCUAGAAAAAAAAUCUCGAUUUAAUAAUAAAACAUGAGAACCUCAAGACAAAUAAAUCACUUAUUCUAACAAUUUUUAGCUUUAAGUACUCGGCUCAUUCAACAAACCUUAGGAACUGGGGUCAGGGUUAACUCACGCUGAAAUUCUGUGAAUAUUUGCAUCCCACAGAAAUUGCACGUUGUAGUUUAUGAUAUAUUAGUAAUAUAACAUACCAAUAUAUCACGUAAAAUCGCCUUCGAGUAGUUCCCUUGUAAAUUUGACCUGUUUAUUUCUUUUCAAAGAAAUGUAUUUUGCAAGAGUUCCGAAACAUAUUAAACAACAAAUACAAUAAUUGCAAAAUACAUUAUAUAAUGCAAAUAUCUACUACAUUAGUUUGGAUUCAUUUACAAAGAGUCAUGAGGCGUCAACGUACAAACGUUUAUUAUGUGUCAUGACUUCGCCUCCUUCCUCUCUCUCGCUUGCUUUAAACCCACAAUGCACUGCGCCGGCUCGCUUGGAACAUGGACCAAAGCGAUAACGAUCUCCAAGGAAGCGACGGCUCCGGGAGCUUGGGCGGCCCGGACGUCCGGAGGCGCAUCCCCAUCAAGCUCAUCUCCAAGCAGCCCCUGAGGAUCAAACCGCCGCCCCGCGUCCAGAGGCCCGGGGGCAGGCCACCGCUGAAAAGCGACGCGCCGGAAAAAGACGAUAACUUCGGGUUCAAGCAAGAAAAGUUUGAGUUUGGCGGUAAAGCCGGAGAUGUGUUUGCUGCCCAGAGGAGAUACCCGCAACCGCUGUUUUGGGACUAUAAGUUGAAUCUCAUCGGCGAGAGAGACGACGUCCCGAUUCAUUUCUGUGACAAAUGCGGCCUUCCCAUCCAGUUGUACGGGCGCAUGAUUCCCUGCAAACACGUCUUCUGCUACGAGUGCGCCUUGCUGCACGAGAAGAAAGGAGAGAAGAUGUGCCCUGGCCUGACCACGUACAGCUGCAUGGACCCGGUGCAGCGCAUCGAGCAGUGCCAGCGCGGCUCGCUGUACAUGUGCAGCGUGGUGUCGGGCUGCAAGCGCACCUACCUGUCCCAGCGGGACCUGCAGGCCCACGUCAACCACCGCCACCUGAGGUCGGCCAAGUCGUCGUCGUCGGGCCGCCAGGAGCCCGUGCACCUGCCGCCGGCGUCCGACGUCCCCGAGCGCUUCCGCGUGCCCCCGCCCCACGUGACCAAGAACCACGUGCACCUGGCCAACCAGCACCCGCACGGCGGCCACGACCCGUACGGGCAGCCUCCGCCCCCGGGCCCUCACGACGGUCCCCCCGAGACGUACCGGAUCGCCACGGUGACCACGCGCAAACACAGCAACCUCAUCACCGUGCCCAUCCAGGACGACUCGUCCUCGGUCCCGCCGGGCCAGCCGCCCCACCACCGCCCGGGCGACUACCCCGGGCAGCCGCCCGUGGUGUCGCACCCCCACCGUAUGAUGGCACCGCCGCCCCCGCAGCAGCACUUCGGGCCGCCUCCCCCGCCGCCGCCCAUCAGCCACCCCAUGCAGCACCCUCCCCAGGGUUCCGGGACACCCCACAUGGUAUACAACCAGGCUCCGCCGCCACCCAUGUCCACAGCCCCGCCUCCCAUCACCCCGCCGCCGGGACACAUCAUGGCCCAGAUGCCUCCCUACAUGAACCACCCGCCGCCGGGUCCUCCCCCCCAACACACCGGACCCCCUGUAAAUGGGCCCCCUCCUCAUCACUACAAUCCCAACUCCAUGCAGCAGUUUCCCGAAGACCAGGGCACCCUCAGCCCGCCCUUCAACCAACCGGGAGGUCUCAGUCCCGGAAUGUGGGCCGCUCCGAGGGGGCCGCCCCCUCCGCGGAUGCCGGGUCCCCCGCCCGGGCCCGGCCCCCACCACCCGGACCAGGGUCGCUACCGACCUUAUUAUCAGUAAUCUGAAUGACUCGGCUGUAGGCUUGGAGAAUUGCUGAAAAUUUUCCAUGUAAAUUUAACGUUUGGAAAUACUCAUUGGAAACUUUUCAUGGCAAUAAAGGGUAAUUUAAUGAAAAGCCGGUUCGAUCCCGGCCCCUGCCAGUGUGGAGUUUGCAGGGGUUUUUUUCUGGGCCCUCUGGUCCCCCUCCAAAAACAUGCAACAUUAAUUGGACCCUCUAAACUGCCCCUAGGUGUGAUUGAUUGAUUGAUUCGUGUGCCCUGUGAUUGGUCGGCAACCGGUUCAAGGUGUACCCUGCUUCCCGACAGCUGGGAUCGGCUCCAGCACGCCCGUGACCCUCGUGAGGAUAAGCGGCAAAGUAAAUGGAUGAUGGAUAAACUUUUUUCCCCCCAUUUGCAUUUACCUUUAUUCCCGUCUUCUUCACCUGCACUGGGCAUUUACUCCAAUUAAGGUCCCCUUCCACUUGCACGUAAUUGCAUUUUUUAAUCAGUAUCAUACUAAAUUACAUUUCGCAAAAUUUCUCAUAAAGAGCCAACUUUCAAUUCUGUAAAUUCCUAGUUUAUCCCCAUGGAAAGUUUCCAGCUUUUUUUUUUUUCCUGCAAUUUUGCAACUCUACUAGGCUGUGCCGCUUGUAUGAAUUGUGACAGUAAAAAUCAGGGUUGCAGUUUGUAAACACUGUCGGUAUUUUUCAUAAAACUGCCACGUCACAGUUCGCGGUGCACAUUUUUAGUCUCCUUUCUGCCGAGCAGAUAACAGUUGGGAAAGAGCAGAAACACCUUUUUAUUACAAAAAAAUGCUUACAGUAAUUGUUGUAUGUCCGCUUACCCAUGUACCCCAAUAUCAAUAAAAAAACAAAAUUCA